UGUGUCAAUAACUUGUGUCAUUCGGCAGCAGCUGUUUCCACUCAACAACCUUCACCAAUCAGAUUUGAGGAUCAGAUAAAAGCAGCAGGUUGAAAUCAUUGGGACAUGCCUCUGAGCUUGAUCUGGUCUUCAGUCAGUAGCAACCAGCAAAAUGAGGGUGUUGUGGAUUUGCCUCCUGAUGAUCGGUACCAUCAACUGCUUCCCUCAAGGAGGUGUGUCAAAUAUGGCAAUCCCCCGCUCCAUGUGGAUUCCUCCUCAGUACGGGCAAGAACCAUCCUAUGAAGAACCUUCUGGACAGUACACUGGUUAUUCCACCUUCCCAGGAUCUUACAGCCCAGAGCCUCAAACUGGAGGCAGUGGAAGUCCUUCAUGGUACACUGGUUCAUAUCCUGAGCAACAGCCAGCCAAGCCAACUUACCAGAGACCUGCACAGUCCAGUGGUCAAGGCAGCUACAGCGGUGGUGACAGCAGCUACUCUGGAUCUGGAUCUCAACAGUCUGGUUCCCAGGGCGCUCAGUCUGGAGCUCCAGGUGGCCAGUACCAGGUUGAACAGGAGAGCUGGAGCUCAUCCGACGACAAUGAUGAGGAGCCAGAGUUCACUCCAGUGAGCGACGAGGAUCAAGUGUACGCUUUCAAGUCUCGCUCUCGCUACAACCAGAAACGGCUGCUGUUCAGCCAGUUCCGCUACACUCCAACAGAACCCCGUGUUCCUCAAGAACCAGUGUUCCCAUACCCCAGCAAAUCAUCUCAUCAGGGCAAAGGUUCAAUGAAAGGAAGCCGCUGAAGAUCUGUGGUUCUGACUUGAUGCAUUUUUCAUGUGUGAAAUAAAGGAGUGUUAAAAGAUAAA